AUGAAGACGUGCUACUAUGAGCUUCUUGGAGUCGAGGCUUCCGCCUCCGACACCGAGUUAAAGAAGGCUUUCCGACGUAAAGCGCUCCAGCUCCACCCUGACAAAAACCCUGAUGACGUCGAAGGAGCCAACGCCCGUUUCGCCAUCGUCCGCGCCGCCUACGAAGUGUUACUGGACCCUCAGGAAAGACUGUGGUAUGACUCCCAUAAACUGCUGAUUUUAAGGGAAGAUGACGAGGUGUUUGACGAUGAGCCCCAGACGGUGCUUCCCACGAUGCUGAUUGACGAGUUGAUGAGGUACUUUAACCCAGUAUUGUACACUCAAGUCGACGACACGUUAAUGGGAUUCUAUAAGGUAGUGGAGCGGGUAUUUGACCGGUUAGCCAAGGAAGAAGUGCAACACGGCAAGCACCAGAACCUCCCUAAGUUUGACACUUAUAAGGAUGAUGAUGGUAUGGCACUGGAAGACUAUUGUCUCUAUAAGAAAUUUGGUAAUUCUCACAGUGAUUAUGUGAGCCACACCAGAGAAUUCUACAACCAGUGGUCCCAAUUUCUGACGGUCAAAAGCUUCAAUUGGAGAGACGAAUACCGAUAUCUGAUGGCUCCUGAUCGGCGUACCCGUCGACUUAUGGAGAAGGAAAAUAAGAAGAUCAGGGACCAAGCUCGUAAGGAGUAUAACGAAGCGGUACGGAGCUACGUGCUGUUUAUUAAGAAGCGGGAUCCCAGAGUGAAACAAGGGGUGGAACAGGCAGAGAAGCAGCGCAAAGCUAAACAACAGCAAGAGUUCAGAGAGCAAACGAAGCAACGACGGCUCGAACAACUCAUGGCCACGGGUAAAUUUGAGGCUCAGGAAUGGCAGACAAUGACGGCAGCUGAACUUGAAGAAUUAGAGGACCUUUUGGAGGAUGAAUACAAUGUACUGACAGAACUGGAGUACGCGGAAUCUGAAAAUGAGCCUGACCAGUAUGAUGAGUACGAGUGCAUUAUCUGUAACAAAGUGUUCAAGAACGAGAACCAGUUUGUCCAGCACGAACAGCUGAAUAAGCACAAGAAGGCGGUGAAGAAAAUGCAAUGGGAAAUGAGAAAGGAAGGGCUUGAGUUAGGGCUUGAUGACGACUUUGUUGAUGAAGGUGAUGAGUUAGCGGAUGAGGAGCAGGAAGAGGUGAAGGAGGAAAAGGAGGAGUUUAAGCGGGAGGAAAACGAAGUCGACGAUGUUAUGGCUGCAGAAGAGAUGGCAUCACUUAAUGAAGAUGUCCAGGAGCUUAACGGGAAGACCAACACCGAGGUUCCCGUGGUUGAGCUUAGCCAGCUUGAAGUGGACGACGACGUUGAUCCUGAUCUCAUGGGGCUGCUUCAGAACUCUGAUGCCGAUGACGAUUGGAGCACUCCGAAUAAACGUACGGAGAAGGGGAAACGGAAAAAGGAGAAGCGAAAGAAGAGGGGUUGA